GAAAAUACAGGACAGAGCACUGAGAACCAAGAACUGGGAACUCUGGAUAUAUAUAUAAAUAUAUACGAUGUUAUAGGGCUGAUUGAAAGAUUAUUUUGCACUGAUAACGCUAAAAACGCAUGGAUGGCUGACCCAACCGCAAAGUUCCAACAUCAACCACCAGGCAUCGAGCACCACCAAACAAGCAAGCAAACAAACAAACAAAACAACAAAAGUCAAAUAGAGCGAGGCAAAGAGCGGCACCAAAAUUGCUUUUCGAAAAUUGUUGAGCUUUGGGUUUGCGUGUUUACAAUUUUUGUAUUCAUUGUCCGCUACUUUGCUGACUGCGGUGGUCGUUGUCGUCAUCAAUUCGCAAUGCAUUUCCCACAUUUUUCUGGCCCAGGCCCAGACCAGCGCGCAUCAUCAUUAAUAAUAUUGAAAAGCCCUAAUUACGGUUAAGUGGCCCAAACGAGAGAAAAAAAAUAACAUCCAGAGACGGAAACCCAAAAGAGGGGACUUCCAUAUCGAACUUUGCAAAGGGUUCGGCGGUUCAGUUUUGGGUUUUCUUCUCCCCUCGACGUUACUGAAGCAGAUCAUCAUCAUCAUCAGAACUGUGUGGCUCGCUCAUUGCGUAAAUCAUUUUUCCCACCCCUAAACUAAAAUAAAAGCAAUGAGGGCUAGUCACCUGCCCAAGGUGCACUAAAAAUUGCAGGUGCAUCAACCUUCAUUCCUGACCUACGACGACCCUCGUGUUCUUUAGGUUCUCAGCUCGUCUUAAUGAAAUCAUUUAUAAUUUUCCUUUCUCCCCUGUGUCGUCUUGCGGUUGGGUUCGAUGGUUUUCUUCCUUCUACACAGCUACAUCUCUUCCCCAUUGAGUUUUAUGUUUUCCCUUUGGACGCUUGAUUGCCCAUUUCGAAACUAUUGAUAGGGGAUAGUUUUAGUUUUAGCACGUGGCUACUGGUAGGUCACCUGCUCAGCGGCCUCAGCUGCCAAGGGUCAAUUCUAAUGAUUAUUACAAAAAAAAAAAAAAAUAUACAUACUAAAAGAAACACUCAGCAGGCAUAGAAUUAUCAAGCACAUACACUAGGUAAUAUCAUGUGAUAUAUUUAUUUUUCAAAUACCUUUAGUAAACCUUGCUAUACAUCCAGUAAACGCAAAGAUUUUCAUUUUCAAAACAAACUUCAAAACCUAAAGACAGCGGAUAGACAGAAAAAUAAAAAAUAAAAUUCGAAAACAAAAUUAUAAAAAAGCACACACAUACAACCAACAUAUUCAUUUAUAAAGCCAUAGUGAACAAAAAACCAAAACUCUUUCGGCCCAAGUUUAAAUUAAUUGUUAUCGUUAUUAUCACUCGAAGACCAUAUUCAUCACCAUAUCUUAACAUUGCCCGAAGGAAUGCAGCAGAAUAUCUGGAGCUCACCACAGGUGGGUGGUUCUGGUGGUGCAUUGAAGGCCUUGGCCAGGAAUGUAGCCAAUCAUCUCAAGCUUAACCGGAGCAGUAUGAAGCGAGUUGUGGCUCAGGUAGUCGCUGAGCACCACACCCUCGGAGAGGUAGCCGACUACAAGGGUCACAUGUACUUUGCAAAGCCGGAUCGCUUAAAUUUCCACGAACUCAUUGCCCAGUCCAAAGAGGCUUUCGAUGAUCUCCUCCUCCACGAACCGCAAACUGCGAAAAAACGUUUAGCAAGCAAACAACGUUUUAAGAUUAAAACUAAUUCGAAAGUAAAUCUGCAAAUGAAAGUGUCACCACCUCAAUUACCAAUCUCAGCGAAGAAGUUUUUAAACGUUAAAAAAUCAAAUAAACCUGCGGUACGUUCAAUGCCUAAAACUCCUCGGCCGAAAAAGACCUCCAAAACCAUUUUCCAGCUGGCGGAUGCAGGUCGUCGUAGUUUAAAUGGUGUCAUUAUCGAUGAAUCGCAUUUGCCGCCCGUUGGUGAACAACAAGAGAUCCUGUUGCAUGUUCCUUCGGCGUUAGUUAAACGCUCACGAAAGCAUAUACGGCAAUCCCAGACUAAGAUUACAUCGGAGAAAAUUCAAACGCCGAAACCAUCAAAAGAUCAACUUCAGAAGAAAACGGAAUCUAGGACUAAGCAGCAAAGGAAUCUGAAGUCAAAGAACAAGCAGAAGUUUCAAAAGGUGGUGAAAAAUCAACAAAGAAUAGAGAGUUCUAAGGGAAUUAAAUUCCUAAAAGAACCAAAGAAAAUGCCUCCCGAAGAUGAAAAGGUAAAUCAACAAGUCCAGAAAAAUUGUCCGAAAAUUCCGACACAAAGUCCAUCUCAGUUCUCUUCUCGUGCCAUGUCGGGGUCACCUUCAGCCCCUCCGAUAAGGCGAUCCAUUUCACCAGCUCGAUUAAUUCAAAAAAAGUCAUCUAUUGGGAAAAUAAACAAACCCCUUCGCACCAGAAAAUCUCAAAGGAGAAUCAAUGCCAGGGGUCGCGCUUAUUAUCAUCGCAUUAAAGCUGGAGAUACUGAAAAUUUAACUCCCAAGCCACCAGUUCAAAAAAUCAAUACGAGUUCGAAGAUAGGAUCAUUCAAAAAGAAGAUGCCUUUGCCACGUAGGAGCUACGAAAAACCCUGGCUAGUAAAACGCUCUAAACGACAGCGUCUAUCUGGCGGAUCUCAAGUGGCCAAGCUUAGGAAUAAGGAGAUUACAAAAAAAAUAAAAAGGCUGGAUAAAACUAAAACGGAUCCGAAGAAGUUGGAAAAUGACGAAAAGAACGAGCACAUCGCGAAGACCACCAAGAUGUUGCAAAAGAAAAGCUCUACACAGCUAAAGACCAAUUUAUCGUCCCACAUUGGCCGCCAAAUGCGAAACGUGAAUUUUCCGUGGUAUACCCCAUAUCAAUUUCAAGGGGCUGCCGGAGCAACUCAAAUACCAAAUGCUGUUGCCGGGGUACCACCUUACAAACUGCUGAAAGAAAAGUAUCGCAAACUUAAUCAAAGAUUGUCGAUGAUCCAACCAAUACCGCAAAUAAAACGUGGUCCCAAUUUAACCAGUCGCCAAAUGCACCAUCGUCGAAUGCAGGAACGUCUGAUGAGGGAUUUGCAACGAGAAGAGGCUAUCGAUGAACCAUUGAGCAAUGGAUCCGGAGUUUUUCGUCGAUCCCGCGGCGGAUGGCAACCACCUCGAAAGACUAAGGAGCAAACUGAGCAACCGAUGAACAAAGCGGAGGAGGAUAAUCGUUCUGUGGAGCGCACGAGCUCGCGGGUCAAGCGUUUGGAAAAUAAUGGACGCUGUCGCCAAACCAUCGCCACUAAUGAACGGAUCAUAAUCCCGCCACCAAAGACUAGAAAUAAUCGUAACAAAGGUAUGGCCCCAAAUCGUCCAGUUUCCAGUCCACGAAUACGUCGAAAAUUCCGUUCCGUUCCGGUGGGCAGUAGCCUGGGCAGCAUCGCCUUAAUGAGUCAGCCAGAGCAAUCGAAGCAAGUUCUAACUCCAGCCAAACGUCAUCUUACUAUUGCAUUUAUGAACAAGAGAUCAGAGCGAACCAAUCAAACCAUUCAGCCCUGGAAAUAGAGAUUCUUGAUUUUGAUCAGUUUGGCACUUACUUUUCUAAGGAUGCUGAGGAUUAGCUAACAAUUCUGUUCUUCUUUUUUUGGAGAUAAAUAAAUUUUCAAGUUAGAAUGUCAAUUAAGUGACAUUAUUACUAUAU